CCUCGUCCACGAACUCGGACACCACGCACCCACGUUCCCUCAAGUACUAGAGCACAACGAUGUGACCCGACAGCCCCCUGCGGAUUCUCUCAGCUAAUUUCUUCAUAUCAUCCGCAGUAUGAAGUGCAUACCCUCACCUCAGGCUCUGCGCCUUCUGCAAAGCCUCGCCCGAGGCCAGAGCCCUGCCUUGAGACCCCAGACAUAUGCCCCCUUCCUUCACAUGAGCAGACACUUCCACGCGGCAACACGGCUCGAAAAGACAAAGACACACAUAUUGUCAGACAUUGGAGAAGGUGUCAAGGAAGUCCAGAUCAUUCAGUGGUUCGUGGAAGAGGGAGCGCCCAUCGAGGAAUGGAGUGCCCUAUGUGAAGUCCAGAGUGACAAGGCCUCGGUCGAGAUCACUUCCAAGUACACUGGAGUGAUUAAGAAACUGCAUUAUGCGCAAGACGCCGUCGUUCAAGUUGGAGACCCUCUACUGGACAUCGAAGUGGAAGAAGAUGGCGAUGCGGAGCAGCACGAACCAGAAGAAGUUGCUGGAGAUCCUGCAGAUGCAGAACAAACCGGCGAGGGCGAUCUAGCGGCGCUUCACGAAGAGAAGGGCAAGCCAGCAGAUACAGAGAGUCCCUCUGAGCCCAAGACGCCAGGCAAACAUGCAUCUCUUGCGACUCCCGCGGUCCGGGGAUUGCUCAAGGAGCACGGCCUGGCCAUUGAAGACAUUGACGGUACUGGUAGAGACGGACGCGUUACCAAGGACGAUGUAUACAAGCACCUCGAGAAAGGAUCACAACAACCAUCAGCAGCUGCCCCUACACCCUCCAAACCAGCCAUUGACGCCAAGCAAAUAGAAACAGCCCAGAAGCUGACGCCGGUCCAGUCAGCCAUGUUCAAGAGCAUGACCGGGUCCUUAUCGAUACCACACUUCCUCUACUCCGACACCGUCGACAUCACCAACCUAUCUACGAUGCGAACGAGGCUGAACUCCAUCCGCAACCCUGAAACAACCCCCAAGCUAUCGUAUAUGCCGUUCAUCAUCAAAGCUGUCUCGUUGGCCUUGAACCAAUAUCCCUUGCUCAAUGCACGACUAGACCUGUCUACCGACCCUAAGAAGCCACAGCUGCACAUGCGAUCUGUGCACAACAUUGGCAUGGCAAUGGACACUCCAAAUGGCUUGAUAGUUCCAGUCAUCAAAGCCGUCAAUGCUAGGUCAAUCACGUCGAUUGCAGAGGAUAUCCAACGGCUUGCGCAGCUCGGUCAAGCUGGCAAAUUGAGCAACAACGAUCUGACUGGCGCGACCAUCACGGUCAGCAACAUCGGCAAUAUUGGCGGAGAAGUUGUUGCUCCCGUUAUUGUUGAAGGUCAGCUCGCUAUCAUGGGUAUUGGCAAGAUCAAGACAGUUCCGGUCUUUGCUGAGGAUGGUCUGACCGUUCGACCUGCGCAGACGGCCACUGUGAGCUGGAGUGCAGACCACAGGGUUGUAGAUGGAGCGACUAUGGCGAGAAUGGCGCAGGUCGUGCAAAAGUACCUUGAAGACCCGGCCACAAUGUUUGUGAAUUUGAGUUGAUGAUCUGUUACGAUUGCGGGAACAAUCAGUAUGCUAGGCGUCUGAGUGUGUCGUCCGAGGGACGGGCAGCGGCUUCCUUUGAGACGAGCCGCAUUAGCCUGACAUUCCCAUGAGAGGCCCGUCCGCGCCACGGAUCGUGGCCGAAGCGAACCAAUGAUAAAAUUAAGGGCCAUCAUCACGACAGACUCUACUGGUCUUACAGAGACCUGAAGCACAACGAUUGAGGAACCCUGCUCCUCGCG